GAAAAAAUGAAACUCAACGCACAAACGCGAGCCGAAUCUCACUGGUGGGACCGGCAUCUGCCAAGUCGACAUCCGUGCAUGACACACAGCAAUCAGUAUAGCAUGAAGUACGAUGCCAUCCUCUGCGCGUCGCCCGUCGACAUCAAGGCCAAGAAGUGCAUGCUCUCCUACUGGAAGGUCCGCUUCUGGGUCCUCCGCAACGGCGAGCUCCUCGAGGCCGCCUCCCAGCACGACAUCGAGCGCCGCCACAAGGUCACUCGGUACACCGUCCUUCGCGGCGCUAAGUGGCUCGAGCGCCCGUACGGCAUCCAAGUCGAGACCAAGGAGGCCGGCUGGCUCUACGCCAACAUCGCGAUGAAGGCCACGUGGGCCAUGUGGAUCCACGGGCUCCUGCUCCUCGACCUCGUGUACGGUCCAAAGGGCAGCGUCUCGUCCUACGACCCCUCGUGCCCGUCCGAAGACGACCUUGAAGCAACACCGGGCCCGCGAGUACGCCAUGUCGCCUUCUCGGGUCAAGUCCGCGUGCGCAAGAUCCCGGCGCUCACCGACGAAGAGGCCAUGGACCUCUUCUACACCAAGUCCGAAAUGGAAGCGUUCAAGGGCAGCGUGACGACGCUAAAGAGCUUCACGGUCGUCAUGGUCUAGUGCCCACUCCGCUAUAUUAUUCCGCGGCCAUUGCCGUCGCUUAGGUUCUAGUUGCAUUGCUUUAAGCACACCCUCUUAUGUAUUGUGCGCAAAGCUGGCCUCUUGCCAGCUUUGCGCGUCGUUUUCAUAUUUUUCAUUUCGCCUUCCACAG